AUGAUUCGAAGACUUCGUCUCUGUGACCAUCAAAAGGCGAGGACUCUUCUUUCUUCGCUGCCAUCAAAAUCAAAAUCUACCACUCAUUCAAGCAUCAUUUUCAAUCAGAAACCAUACAUUUUCCAAUCAAUGGAGCACAACCCAUUCAUUGUUGGAACUAGUAGGCUCUUCUCAGCAUUAAGAUCGAACUGCAUCACUCAGUUUAAUCAUUGGUCUCGUUCGGACGCUCCGAUCAAUGAUCCUCACCAUCAUCAUCAUUCAAGUAUUAUUACUAAUAGUAAGAAUCAUGGCUCUCAGUCUCCCAUUCAAACAUUCCAUCAUUCUCACUCUCUUGAAAGAACCAUCAUGGACCACUCUCGACAGAGAAAUUACAAUACUUCUUGCAAGCUCCAAGAGUCCUCAGGAGAUCCUGCUCAAGACUUUUUUGAUGAAAUGAGAAGAAUGUACAUUCAUGAAGAGAUGGUUCAAAAUUUCUAUGAAUUUGAAUCACAGAGAGGAAAAAGUGCACAUGGUAGACGACUGUUGUGGACGUUUUUGGCAUUUCCAGCUGUAUUUGCCUUACUAGUUGCUUGUACCGUUGGGUUUGACAAGAUGUUUCAUGAAGAAGUACAAGGAAAUAUUCAAGUACUUGUUCAACAAGCAUUAUCUCAGUAUAUUCAGUCGGUAGAACAACAAAAGAAAGCAUCAAAAGCAAAGGAAUCCAAAGUACCAACUCCCCUACUCACGAAAGGACCAAUUAUAAAUGAACCCAAUGACAAUGCUUUUAACGAAAUUGAGAAGGACGUGAAACGAUAUCCAUUCUUGUAUGCGAUUAUUGCAGCGAAUGUUGCAGCUCACUUUGUUGUGAAACAACUUAGAUGGAGUGCACCAUUUGCUCAAUUUUACACACGACACAUGACAUGCUCGGUGAAUAAUAUUUUGAGAGGAAGAAUUCACACACUUGUGACAUGUACUUUUAUUCACGGUGGGCUUGCGCAUCUUGGUUUUAACAUGUACGCCCUUUACAGUAUGGGACAUUUAUUGUAUGAAGUCUUGUCACCUGAGGCGUUCUUAGGCUUUUAUUUGGGAGCAGGUGCUUGUGCGAGUGUGGGCAGUAUUUUACUCAAAUUGAUAACGAAAAAUUAUUAUCAAGGCAGUGUUGGUGCUUCAGGUGCAGUUUUUGCAAUCAUGUUUGCAGGAUUGAAUAUUAUUUCACUAGAGAAGGCAAAACUAAACUUAAUUUUCUUGCCUGACAGUUUGGGAGGCUUUGAUCCAAAAUAUUUCUUGCCUGCUUAUUUCAUCGGUGAAAUUUUGUUCAAUGUCUUUUCGAGACGUGUAAAAUUAGAUACAGGAGCACACUUGACUGGAGCUGUAUUCGGUUAUGCUGCGCUGUCAGCUCUUCGAAAGCAAGAGUAUCAUCAACAGAGACGAUGCACCGAAUUAAGCUCUAGAAAAACCUACUAUUUUGGUCAAGUAAGGGAAAUGAGGAAGGAUGGCUUGGGAUUGCUCAUCUCUCCUCAAUGGGCUGUCAUUGCCAACUUUAAGGAUGGCUCUGCAAUUGGACAAGGUAUAGUUUUUCAAAAAGGACAGGAUGGUCAAUGGAGAGGAGCAGGAGUCAUGUUGGACCAAGUUAAGGCAAAAUAG